UCUUGUAUUUCAUUCUUUUUUUUCUGGCUAAGAGCUGACACUACAGCAGAGCCCUAAAGAAUGUCCACAUGUUGCAAGCAUUGCGGAGUUAUAUUGAUUCUAAAAUGAGUACAUCCACUUUGAAGCUAGAAGGAUCCAGGAGUUUCCUGAAACAAAAGCACAAUUUAAUAGGAUCCAGAUCUUACGUUUCAAGCUGUGACCAUAGGAGGAACUACUGUGAAUGUUAGCUGGCUUCUCUAUUAGACAGAUCUGCCUGGGAGUCUUUGUUUCCUAGUUUUUUAGCCUUUAUCACAUUUGAAACAAUUUAGGAUGCAUAGUUUACUGGAAUGUCUUUUCCUGCUUCUGCUUGCCAUUUGCAAUAUCGUCUAUACUUCAUCAGAAAAAUCGUACAGCAGACAGAGGAUUUCAAUGGACACAUUACGGGCACCUUUGAAAGCAGGGAAUAAAAAACAUUCCAUGGAUAGUCAGAUACAGCCUGGCAAAUCUUUAAAUGGAACGGUGCCUUUCAUUAUAAAAGAUUUUGAUUUCUUGUCAAAGUGUGCUGGAAAAUAUCGUCUCUGGGUUAUCACAGCUCCUUCUUAUACUGAUCAAUAUUUUAAAAUGAUGGAAAAACAUAUUGAAGAUAUGCAGAAUGAGGAGUUUAACUGCAAACUUGCAGAAAGAGACACACUUCUUGUUACUCUGAUUCACAAUGCAAUGAUGGAAGGUAAACUUAGGAACGUAAGCAGCAAAGGAGAUGUGAAGGAAGAAAUAAUUGAUCAGGAUACAGUAACUAAACUGAUGCAUUAUUUGUCCUUCGAGGAAGGAAAUUUUGGCAUGUUAAUUUUAAAGAAAAAUGUGCAAGUUGGUGAACGAUUCCCUUACCCUGUGAGAAUUGAAGCAGUGCUAGAAAUCAUUGAUCAAUUACCUCUAAGAAAAGUGGAAAAACUAACAAGAAGAGGAUCGGUGGUAAAAUGUAAGACAUCCAAUGCUGCCUCUCAUAAAGGCCAGCGUCUCUCAAAGAGAAAAGUUAAAGUUGGUGGGACACCAACAGAUGAAGAAAGAUCAUCUGGUUACAAAGUCCAAAGGAAACAGAAGAAUAAAGAGGCACUUAAGACUAAAAUUCAAGAUAUUUUAAGAGGGAAAUCCAGGUUUGUUAUUAAGCGACGCCCAACUAUGGCAAGCCCAGUAGGUAAACUGCCACAGGUAAGAGGGAAGCCUUUUGUUAACCUUCAAACAAACAACUCUCGAGCUCAGUCUGCACUGCCUAUUAAUACCCUUGUAAACAUCCCUGAAAGCCAACAAAAUAAGAUCUCCAUCAGAGAAAGGAACAUGUCAGCUGAAUCGUCAAACUGGAGAAUUAACUUGGGAAUGCUGCUGCUCAAUUCAACUAAUGAAACUGAAGUUGAACUUCACCACAUGAGGACUGUUCAACAACCAGAGAAUAGCAGCUCAUCACAGGCAAAUGGAACCCCAGAAAGAAGCCACAAAAAGCAGAAGCAGCCAAGACCUGCUAUCCAAGCAAUUCCCACCAUCCUGACGACUGUGACCAAAGCACCAAACGCCCUGAAGGACAAAAAGCCAAAAAAACAUGAGCCAAAGGGAGACCAUAAAAUGUCAAAAGCUAAAUCUAGUAUGGAAAAAAGUGCAGAACUGGCAGAGACGGAUCAAAGCAGAAAAUUGGAGUCAGAAAAACAAAACAAAGGAAAAGGCAAGAAAAAAGGAAAAAAAGGUAAAAAGUCCCAACGAACAAGUGAAAUCCAAGGCAUGCUGGACUUUCUUGAACCCUGCUGCAGUAAACGGAGGAUUUUGGUCAUUACAUCACCCAGUCCUGGGAACCCUUAUUAUAUUCAACAAAGAGAUGCUAUUUUGGAAGACAACUGCGAACUAGCCCAAAGGAAAAUCACAAUUUUUACCCUUCUUGGAUCUGACAGCAAUUAUACUUUGAAAGUUGAUCACUACCAGCAGGGUGAUGAUGACUCUAUUGGCGCUGACCUCUCCAAGUCAAUUGAUAAGCAUCAGACUAUGCAGCUUCUCAGAGAACAUGGAAUGAUUCCUAACAAAUUUUUCAUGCUAUUGAUGGACAUUAACACCUCAUUAAAGCAUUCUUUUAAGGAACCAGUUACACUAAAGGUAUUAUUGAAACAAAUCGAUUCUUUCCCAUCAAGAGCAACUGAGAUCGCAACUGAAAAAAAGGAGCAGACAUCUUGCAAUAAGCCAGACAGCAAUGCCAUUACAAGUCGCUUUCUCUCAAGAUUUAAUUCAAAAAGAAGACUUUUAAUAAUUUCAUCUUCCAUGGGCGAAGACUACUCAUUUCAACAGCAAAUAACAGCAAUGAAUGGCCAGACAUGUAACCUUGGAAUUCGACAUUUUGCAUUACUGAAGUUAGUGGGAGCUGGUACAGAAAGUUCAGGAACUCUUGAACUAUUUCCACUAAAUGGAAAGAGUCAAACAGAAUAUGAAUUUUUAACUCCAGAAGCUGUGAAAGGCAUCAGAGAGCAUUUUAAGAUCAGCAAGGAGUACUUUACCAUGUUAACAGUUGGAAAGGAUGGAGCUGUCCUUGCCUGGUAUCCAACCCCUGUCUGGUCCAUGUCAAUUAUCUUUGAGGUGAUCGAUAACCUGCAAGAGAGACGAAAAGAGCAAGAGCUUCAAGAUUCAUUAGGAAUUCAUUGCCCAGAGGUGGAAUAUUUGGUUAGCUACCAUGAAUAUGAUGGGAAUGAAGAGCAUGACUAUAGCCAACAUUCCAUUGAUGACAAUUCAGACAAAUAACAUCAAAUGACAUGGUUCGCAAGCUUGAUGCUGGAGUACUUGUACCAGUGAAGUGGCUUGUAUUACUUUUUGCCACACGUUUAGCACAAAUCAGUUAAAUGGACUUCUAGCUUAACUUGAACAUGCUUGGUAAUAUUUUCUUCUUUCUACAUAUAUUGUGCUAAUCUUAAACUGUUCAGCAUGGAUUGUUUUGCUUUUCAGGAUAAUAUUAAAUGCUUGUGUAUUUUAUUGUA